UCCAUGAAUGAAUGCAAAACAUAAGUUAUUUACAGAAUUGUGUGUGAGAAAGUUUGUUACAAGAAUGCAAACACCAGAAGGCUUAGCAAAGUCUUAGAAAAUCAGGGUGACACCUGAGCAUCAUAAAUAAGCAGCAAGCAAAAUUUUUCAUUAGAAGGAAACAAUACCUUUUAAUCAGUCCUGUUGUCAGACACUGUCAAAGUAUUGUGCUUAGAGCUUUUGGGAAAUAUCCACUCUGGGACAGGCAAAUCAAAUUUUGAAAGAUCACCGAAAGUGUUAAGUUUGUCAAUAUUACACAAAACUGAAAGAAGUAAGUGAAAUAUUGGUCAAUCUUACAAACAGUUCAGUGCUAUUAGCUCCAUCUAAUCUGUGUUCCUUGACCACAAUAAACAUUUCCUUCACUUUGCAUGCUUCUUUUCAUGAAAGAAGACCGGCUUUAGCUUAGUUCAAAUUGAUUCAUCUUUGCAUAUUCUAGUGGCACGAGCCACUGUUACAUGAUUAUCUUUUCUGUAUAUUUAAGAUUUACGUCAUCCUGUUGAUGAGAUUUUCCCAGCAGGCUGUGAACCAGUCAGACCAAGCGAGCAGCCACUUAGUUGGGAGAAUCGGUGUGGGAUGAGUCACUUCCAGGCUGUAUCUGCAGCCCGCGCCGGUGGUGAUGAGGAAGUGACUCCUGUGCCGGAUCAUCUCCGAGUCAUGCAGUCCGGAAUAUGAACUGUAAUGGUGGUGAAGAGGAUCAGCUGCCUUCUGAGAUGGUCUUUAAAAGGAAGAAGUGCCACUCAACCAGCAGAAAACAAAUGAGUGUCAAGAGCAGACUUCUACCCAGCAUGAAGUGACAAAGCUCUUCCCAUAUAGAAAGUGGAAAAACAGUCAUAAACAUACCUCAGAAUUAGGAAAAACAGUACCUGUGCUACAUAGCUGCGUGGAUUUGAGACCCCAGUAAGGAUGCAAUUGUGCUGUGAAUCCGUAAAUACCUCUUGCAUAAGGAGCAACUGGUCAAACAGCAUCCGUAUUUCCAUGUACAUCUUCAUGGUUUGCAUGAUUCUGGCCACAGUGGUUGGAAAUCUGACAGUUAUCAUCUCAAUAUCACAUUUCAAGCAGCUCCACACGCCUACAAAUUUCCUGAUACUUUCAAUGGCUACAGUAGACUUCCUGCUGGGAUUCUUCGUCAUGCCUUGCAGCAUGGUGCGCUCUGUUGAGCACUGCUGGUAUUUUGGGGAGUUCUUCUGCAAGAUCCACUCAAGCACGGACAUUAUGCUGAGCACAGCUUCUAUCUUCCAUCUUUCCUUCAUAUCCAUCGACCGUUACUAUGCUGUGUGUGACCCUUUAAGAUACAAAUCAAAGAUCAAUACUUUUGUCAUCGUGGUCAUGGUGUGUAUAAGCUGGAUGGUCCCCGCUGCUUUUGCCUUUGGGAUGAUCUUUCUAGACCUAAACUUGAGAGGGGCAGAAAAGAUUUAUAAUCAUGUCCACUGUGCAGGAGGAUGCUUUCUCAUUUUUAGUGAAACUUCAGGUAUUGUGGCCUCCAUAGUGUCUUUUUACAUCCCUGGAUUUAUUAUGCUGUACAUCUAUAGGAAAAUAUACUCUGUAGCCAAGAAGCAGGCAAGAUCCAUCAAUGCAAUUAGCAGAAAAAAAAUGCAAUUUGAAAUGAAACACCACAUUUCAUUCUGCAGAGAAAGGAAAGCUGCUAAGACUUUAGGCAUCAUAAUGGGAGUGUUUCUCAUCUGCUGGACUCCAUUCUUUUUCUUUACAGUUACCAAUCCAUUUAUGAAUUACGUGAUACCUCCUGUUCUCAUUGAUGCUUUGGUUUGGUUUGGCUAUUUAAAUUCUACACUUAACCCAAUUGUUUAUGCAUUUUUUUACAUGUGGUUUCGCAGGGCAUUGAAGAUUAUUCUGUUAGGAAAAGUUUUUCAACAGGACUCUUCCAGGACUCAUUUGUUCUCAGACUAAUGUGCUUUAAAUGGUUGGAUUCAUGGCUUUGAACUUCUUCCUGGAGGCUGAACUCCCAGAUGUAAGAGCUUUGAAGGAAGGAAAUUCCUUCCAAAAUUUGUUUGCCUAUUUACCAAAUGUAGUUCAAGCAGAUAAGCAACCAUUGUGCUUUACGUAUUCUUUCAUUCCAGAUUGGGUUUUGUAUGUGGUGCUUUGAUUAUAUCUAUUUAUUUGCAAUGCACAGAAGACCAAGAGCUCCAUUAAAAUAAAAAACAAACCUAUAGCAGUUUAUAUCCCUGAUAUUCAUAAUUAAAAAAAAUAUUCUGACACAACAGAAUAAUUUCUUGAACAAGGUAUUUUUAUAUUACGAUAUUCGUGUUCAUUUGUGUUCUCCUCUAUAAAGAGCAGAGAAACCUUUUCCUUUGGAUUUCUUGGCAUCUUUGGCUAAUAACCCAAAGCUCUCUAAGUUUUGUCUUUCCCCUUCCCCAUAUGUGUGCAGAGCUCAAAACAGGCCAAUAACCAGCCAUACCCACACACUCCAUGGAGGGGAGGUGAGACAGAGAAAGGCUGUACUGCCCUUUCUGUUUCCAUUUCAGCUAGUACUUGUCACUUAAGAGUUUGCCACUUAAAGGCUUUGCUGCUUAAUGAGAUCAAAGCGUAUUUAACAAGAUCAAAAACAAGAAAAAAAUAUGAAGUUUGAAGUGAAAAGCAGUUUCAAAAAAGCUGCAUUGCACCCAAGAAUGCCAGAAAAUUAUGUCUAUCUAGUGAAUGUUUCAAUAUAAAACAUUAUCUGCUACAUUGCAUCUCAGAGAACUUUUUUUUUUUAGCUUAAACAUGUUGUUAUUUUGUCUCAUGGCAAUGCUGCAAGAGCUUUCGAGGAAAGCAUAUAGAGAAUUGUGAAGAAAUCCUGUGGUUGAACUCAGCUGAAUCAUGAAGGAACAGCAUUGGGAGUGGGCAGGAAAUUAUCAGUAUCUGAGAAGAGACCAUGGAGAGAAAUUGAUGACUCUGUACUAAAGUAACAGCUAUACUCAGCAGUAUAUCCUCCAUUUGUGGUCCUUGUAAAAGUGCAUCAUAUCUGUAUCUUGUCUUUGUUUUGUGUACUUUAUGGAGUACUGAAGCACUCUAUGAUGAAAAGAUUAAAAGUUGAAUGAUGAUACAUUUCAGCAGGGCAAAGUAUCAGGAUCUGAAAUUGUGUAUAUUACUGUCUCAUUGCCAUCUUGCAAAGUUUGCCCUCCUAAAAAUGACAUAAAAAGGAACAAUGAAACGUACACUACAUCAGCACUUCUACUAUGGAUCCUUGCUAAUGACAAUAUGACUAAUACUUAAUCUUACAAAAAUAAAGCAAGAUUUUUUUUUUUAAUUUCUUUCUGAUAAAUAAUGGGUAAUUAUUUUCUUCCUUCAUCUCCAGUGAGUCUGGCCCUGCUGUAGUUAACAUUCUCACCCUCACAGUGUUACUUUCUGAAAUAAAAUGUGUGGUCACUUGGACACUUUGAUCUCUCUUGAAGUAACAAUUUCAGAAGUACUGCCAGGUGAUACCUCCUUUUGUCUGGUCAUAAUUUAGAUUUAAGAAAAGAUAGAUCCUCUGUGACAAAUGCUAUCUAAGGCAUUUUAAAGUAUAUUUAGUAAGAUCAGCACAAGUUAAUGUAGUCCCUUCAGGAAGUUAAGGAAGCUGUUCCUUUCCCUUUUUUCCUUAUAAUAAACUAAUUCUUAUGAACCCAUAGAAACCAGAGCCACAUUCCUGAAGUGAGAAAAAUUGCUGAUAAAGACAGUCUGAUAGGUAGAGCAAAAGCCAUGCAUGCAAGUAAAGCAAAUUUAGGGAUUUAUCACUAAGCAGAUCUUCAGCCAUUUCGAGGAAAGCAGGGCUCCACGUUGUGUAAUGUUUAUUUGGGAAAAAAAAUGCUGCAACUCUCAACGCUCCAGUUUCUCCUUCUUCUCCCAAGGAUUUUAUUGCUGAGCACAUCAUAUGGUGUGGAGUAUCUUUCCGGUCAGCUGCGUUGAGAUGUCCCCUCCCAAACUGUUGUGUUCUCUCAGGUUCCCUGCAGUCAGGAUGACCCCAAGCAAGCCCGAUGGUCGAAGAAAGAGUCAGAAUUCUUUGACUGUAGUUCUCAAGGUUGUUUAUUGCUUCUGAUCUAAAACAUUUUUUCUCCAACCGGUCGAGGUCUGAUCUGCAGGUCAGCCAGAGGCAGACUGCCUCCUGGGCUGGUGUUAUCUUUUAUACUAAAAACUAC